UCUAGUAGGAAUGAAUCCAGUGCAGAUAAGAGCGACAGUGGAUCUCUACCCAGGAUCCAGGCCCUCUCCUGGUGGAGGCGUACAUCGCCCAGAAGCCCCUGCCGAUCCAUGUGACAACUUCCCCUGCAAACGUGGAAAGACAUGUAAACUUGAUGCGGACAAAAAGCCAGGCUGCGUGUGUCAAGAGCCGGCAGAUUGUCCUCACAGUGCCAAUCAGUUUGAUAAUGUUUGUGGCACAAACAACAAAACAUACGAUACAUCAUGUGAACUCUUUGCCACUAAAUGCAACCUGGAGGGCACUAAGAGAGGACACAGACUUCACAUGGACUACACUGGGCCAUGCAAAUUCAUCCCUCAAUGUGUGGAGACUGAGCUGGUCCAGUUCCCAUUACGAAUGAGGGAUUGGCUGAAGAAUGUUCUCCUGCAGCUUUUUGAACAUGACUCCAUGUCUCCUGGCUUCCUCACGCCUAAACAACGUUUUAGAGUGAAGAAAAUCUUUGAGAGUGAGAGGCGUCUGCAUGCUGGUGAUCACUCCGUUGAGCUGCUGGCGCAGGACUUUGAGAAGAACUACAACAUGUACAUCUACCCAGUGCACUGGCAGUUUGCACAACUGGACCAACACCCAUCCGACAGAAUCUUGUCCCACUCAGAGCUGGCCCCACUUAGAGUCCCUCUGGUGCCGAUGGAGCACUGCACCUCCCGCUUCUUUCAAGAGUGCGAUGCUGACAAGGACAAGCAGGUGUCCUUUAAAGAGUGGACUUCCUGUUUCGGUAUCAAAAAUGAUGAUAUGGAUGUCAACCUGCUGUUCUGAGCUCCACUUUGUACCUCACCUACAACACAAGCCUGUUUAAUCUGCUCCAACAGACUGAAGCAUCCAUGAACCUCUGUAACAUUAGGAAAUCUGACCGAUUGUAGAAACUCCUUUUUAUUUCCUGCUACAGAGGGCAAGUGUUGGUGGUAGUUCCUGUUGUCCUGUGUAAAGCUAAUCUUGGACAUUUGGAUAUUUUUUCUGUAAUUUAGACUGUGCAGCUAGAAUCAUUAUAUUAUAAUAUAAGAAACUGUUUCAUUUAGCUGGUUUUAUCCAGAAAGUUAUUUCUAAUGCAUUCCAAAUUGGGGAAAAGUUUACAUCAGCUCAUUAUUAGAAAAGUUGUUGUACAUAGUACCAGGCUUCAAAAUAAUAACUGUGGUUUGUAUGUAAGAGUGAUUUAGUAAAUAUUUACUCUUUAAAUCAAGAUAAUAUAACCUUGUGUUACAAAAUGUAAAAAAAAAAUCUUGUGUUUCUUAUCUUAGUAGCUAAAUGCUGUAAAUGUUUGUCUUUGCAUUCACGUUUCAUUGUAGAUCUAAGUAAAGCUUUAUUGACAACUGAGGACUUGAAUAGUUCAGUGCACACGUUUUUAAUGAUGACUUUGUUUACACUCGUGUAAUAAAGUUAUAGCAUUAUAUUGGUUGGGAUGUAUCAGUUUAUACUUUAAUACCAUGUUUUUUUCACCGAUCAAUACCCCAAUGCCACCAUGACAUGAAAAUAUGACCAUGGCAACAAUAGUUUUAGAAAUGCAAGUCACUGAUAACUGGUUGAGUUUGGCCACUUAACCCUUAAUAAUGGCCCUCUGUAAGGUAACAAAGCAAAAAAUAGCCUGCAGCAUGGUCAUGAUGAUUACAGUGACUUGUUGUUUUGAGAUAAAGGGCUGGACCUUUGUUAGUGAUCACUGAAUCUGACACUCUCUAUAUAAGCACAGAGAGAAGCAGCUCUGUACCUGUCGCCUGUCUGCUGUGACUGAGAUUAAACAUGUUCUGCACACUGGGGGUUCUCUUCUACACCUUUGCUCUUGUGGUGGAGGGUGGUGUGUCUUCAGGGAGUGCUGAGGCCCUUGCCAAUGUGGGAGUGAAUAACAAUAGAGCAGCAGCUGGCAACAAUGCCAACACUGGGGGUCCAAAUGGGAUCCCACUAAACGGUGCGCCCCUUGUGGGACACUUAGUCCAACUUGGUGGCUCCUUUUUUAUCCAGCCAGUCAGAAACCAAGUAGGUCAGCCUCCUCUGCAGCAGCUGAUUCCCAUCGGAGCUCUCCAACAAGGUGGAGCAUUCCUUGUGGGGCAGGGAGGCGCUGGUGCCAAUGUGAAUCCACAGGGGCAGUUGACUCAGGUUGCUGGGGGUGGGCCGGUCCCAUUGUUUGCCGUGCUGCCGCAGAGAAAUGCUGGAGGACUCCCACAGGGCUCUCUGUUGACUCCCGGCCAGGUGCAGCUGAUCUCAUUGGCCGGGCUGAACAACCAGCCACAACCGGUUGUCGCUGGUGGGAGGGCGGCUGGAGGAGUGAGGUUUCAGCGGUCAGUUGCAGCUCGCCUCAGGAGGACACAGCCUCCCGUGAUGAAGGUGGUGGCAGUCGAUGAAGAUGAAGAAUGCUCUGGGACAGAUUUGGAGGAGAAGCAAGCCAAAUGAGACAGCUGUCAGCAAUAUGUCAUGAUGCAUUCCCUUAAUCCUGCUCAUGCUUGAAUGUUAUAAAUCAUUGUCCUCAUAACUAAUAACCAAUAAAUGAUGGAAGUCAA